CAGCGUGUCUGAUGAUCUGUAUGAUAAAGUACGAAUCCUGUGCUGGGUGAUGACUGGCCCCCAAAACUUGGAGACAAAGGCCCGCCAUGUGAAGGCCACCUGGUCCCGCCACUGCAAUGUGGUCCUUUUCAUGAGCUCAGUCCAAGAUGAGAACUUUCCCACUAUAGGUCUGGGAACCAAGGAAGGCCGGGACCAGCUGUACUGGAAAACCAUCCGCGCUUUCCAGUACGUCCACAAGCACCAUUUUGAGCAGGCAGACUGGUUCCUCAAGGCGGACGACGACACCUUUGUGGUGGUGGACAAUCUGCGGUGGCUGAUUUCCAACUACACUCCUGACACACCCAUCUAUUUUGGCAAGCGCUUCCGUCCCUUUGCCAAGCAAGGCUACAUGAGCGGGGGCGCCGGCUACAUCCUCAGCAAAGAGGCCCUGCGGCGCUUUGUGGCUGGCUUUGACUCCAAGGUGUGCAGCCACACCACUUCGGUGGAGGACCUGGCUUUGGGCCAGUGCAUGGAGAAGAUGGGAGUGGUGGCUGGGGACUCCCGUGACACAGAGGGCAGAGAGACUUUCCAUCCUUUUGUGCCAGAGUCCCACCUGACUGAGAAGUUCUCCAAAAAUUUUUGGUACUGGAACUAUUGCUAUUACCCUAUUGUGGAG